AUGACUGACGUAACAAUUCCAAAUGAUUUGCAACAAAAUCCAUCAUCUGAUACAGUUUCUCAUAUUAAUGAAACACUAUUAUUAAUAGCAACAGAUAAUCCAACAUCUGAUUCAGGUGAUGUUGAAGAACCUCCAGCAAAAAAAUGUAAAAUUUCAUUAAAUGAUAAACCUCGUUUACUUGAAGAUCGAAUUGGAUCUAUUUUAUCAUGUUGUAUUUGUUUGGAUCUUUCGACAUUAGCAAUGUUUCAAUGUGUCAAUGGACAUCUUAUGUGUGCUUCAUGUUUUAAUCAUUUAUUAGCUGAUUGUAAAUUGAAAGAUGAACAAACAACAUGUCCAAAUUGUCGUUGUGAAAUUUCAAAAUCAAAUUGUACAAGAAAUUUAGCAGUUGAAAAAACAAUAUCAGAAUUACCAAUUCAAUGUGAUUAUUGUUCGAACAUAUUUUUACGUUCAGAAAUAAAAAUACAUCAAUCAGAACAUUGUCCUGAUCGACCAACAAUUUGUGAUUAUUCAUUACUUGGAUGUAAUUGGAAUGGAUCAUAUCAUAAUUUACCAUCACAUUUAGCUAUAUGUCAAUAUCCAACUAAAAUUGGUUUAGAAUUAAUCGAUACGAUUCGAGCACAAAAAAAAACAUAUGAUGAAGAAAAAAAAUGUCUUGAAACAGUAGUUGAUCUACUUUCACUUAAUCAAAUUGGUGUCAGUGAUCUUAUAUUGAAGCCAUUACGAACAGAUGAUUUUGUUGCCAAACUUUAUUUUGAAACAUCACGUUUUACAGCCUUACAGUAUCAAUGGCAAGUACGCGCUCGUAUUAAUGAUAAUAUUCCUCAUCCACAUACAACAGUUACACGAUCAUUAAGUUAUCAAUUAAUUCUUAAAUCAAAAGUUACUCAAACAAUCGAUUUAAAAUUUUUCAUUCUUAAAGGACCACAUGGUGAUCCAUCAACAUCACAAAUUCAACCAAUUAUUUAUCAUUUUGAAUUUAAUCAAAACAAUACUGAAACUGAAUAUCUAAAAUUACCUAUAAGUUCUCAAGAAUGUAAUCGAAUUUUAUCAUCAUCAUCAAUUAGUUUUCGGUUACUUAUGGUGCAAUUAGAUCGACCUUAA